AUGACGCUCGGCUUCCACAUCUAUAACCACCGGGACCUGGUUGCACUAACGCAUAGGAACAACCUCCUACUGCUGUCUACACUGCAACAACUUGUUCCCAAUUAUAAAUGUGACAAGCAGGAUCAACUAAUCUCUGUUAUACAGGAUUUUGACUCCGAAUCUUCAUCAGACUCUGCAGUCUUAAUGGGCAUCUUCAAGAUCCCAGAGAUGCGGCUCAUUGUUCUCUGUGCCCACAAGAUCAGCAUCCAAAUAAGAACCAUGACUGUUACUCUGGUUCUAUUCCUCUGUCUUGGCACAUUUGCUGUGUUGACAACAUUCAUUAAAUACCAUGACACACCCAUUGUAAAAGCCAACAACCGAGAACUCUCCUACACUCUCCUCAUCUCUCUCCUGCUCUGCUUCCUCUGCUCCUUCCUCUUCAUUGGUAGGCCAACAAAGCUCACCUGUCUUCUGCGACAGGCUGCUUUUGGAAUCACCUUCUCUCUUGCAGUUUCUUCUGUGUUGGCAAAAACUGUCAUGGUUGUCUUGGUCUUUCUGGCCACCAAGCCAGGAAGCAUGUCAAGUAAGCUCUUGGGGAGACCCCUGACAGCCUCCAUUGUGCUGGUCUGUCCCUGCAUCCAGGCUAUGAUCUGUGCUGUCUGGUUGUUGACCUCUUCCCCUUUCCCAAAUCUGGACUUUCAUUCCUUGUCUGGGGAAAUCAUCGUAGAAUGCAAUGAAGGCUCUGUCACCAUGUUUUAUGCCGUCCUGGCUUACAUGGGCUUCCUGGCUCUUCUCAGCUUCCUGAUGGCUUUCCUGGCCAGGAAACUUCCUGACAGCUUCAACGAAGCCAAGUUCAUC